AUGUGGGAUAAUCAAAUUGAUAUAAAUGAUGUUAUAAAGGAAAUAAUAUAUAGAUCAGCAGAUGAUUGUAACUAUAAUAAUGUGGAAAUAAAUUUCCCAAGUAUAUUGAAAUAUUUUUAUGAUGUAAUAAAUAGAUAUAAUAUAAAAAAAAAUACUUCUGAUGAAAUUUUUAAUAAGUUAUUAAUAAUAUGCAAAAAUAUAAUCGAAGAAAAAAUAAAAUAUGAAUAUUCCAAACCAAUAUUAGACAAUGGGUCAAGAUUAUAUUUCAACCCAUACUUUCAAAAUGAUGAAAAUACGAAUGAACAAGUUUUCAAUUCUGAAAAUAAAGAAAUACUUGAAACAUAUAAUAUAUAUAAACAAAGAAAUAGUAACAAUGUUGAUAAUUAUUUUGGAGAUAUUAAAGAUGAUUAUUUAAGAAAUGUUGAGUGUAGUCCCUAUAGUAUAAAUAAUGAAUUUUAUAAUGAAAAAAAUAAUAAUUUUGUUAAAUUUACUAAAUUGUGUAAAAAAGAAAAUGAAUAUAAUAUUUUAAAUGAGGAUAGUAAAACAGAGCAAGUAAGUAUUAUUCCUCAUGUUAUGAAAAAUGAUGAAAAAAAAAAAAAAUAUUAUUGUAAAAAUAUAAAUGAAUUAACUAAUGUAAACCAAAUCAGUGAUAUUAACUCAAUACAUAAUGAGUAUCGAGAAAAUUGUUGGAAGUAUUUUGGUAGUAAUACAAAUGAAAUUGAAAAUUUUUAUUUAAUAAAAAUAAAUGAAAAAUCUUUUUUACAUACAAAUAAUAGAAAUUUACUAAAAAUAUAUUUAAAUGGCGAAACAAUACAUAAUAUAUAUAAAAAACUUACAAAAUAUAGACAUAAUAAUAAUGAAGAUUUUUAUAUUAAUAAAAAAAAUAAAAUGAAAAUAUAUAAUGAGGCUAAUCUUUUUUUUACUUAUAUCAUGUUAAAAAAAAUGUUUAUUUUAUGGAUGAAUUUUGUGAAUAAAAAAAAAUUAAUAAAUAAAAAUAAAAUUAUAUUUAAUAAAAUUUGUAACAAAAAAGUGUUAAUAAAAUAUUAUGAUAUAUGGAUAUAUCGUUUUGAAAAAAAAAUAUAUUUAAAACAUACAUAUGAAAGAUUAAUUCUAAAAAAUGAGAGCAUGAACAUUCGAAAAUAUUUUAAUAAAUGGCUAAAUAAAUACAAAAAAAAAAGAAAAAUAAAUUUUAUUUAUUGUCUACAUAUAUUUAGUGAAUGGAAAAAUUUUGCAGAAAAAAGUAGAUUGUUACAAUUAUCCACAAAUAAGUUGGGGAAAAAAAAAAAAAAAAAAAUAUUUACUAUUUGGAAAAAUAAAUAUCAAAAUAAAAUUAUUAAGAAAAUUAAAAAUAAAGAAAUAUAUAAUAUUUAUAAUAAAAAUUUGUUAAUAAAAUGUUAUGUGCAUUUAGUUUUAUAUUAUAAAAAAAGAAAACAUGAAAAUGAAUGUUAUCAAGCUAUAUAUCUUAGAUGGAGAAUAAAUGUGUGUAAAAAAUAUUUUUAUUUUUUUAUACAAAUAUAUAAUGAAGAAUUAGAAUUUAAGGAAUACUAUCAAAAAUAUAUAAAUAAAAUAAAAACAGUUUUAAUCAAAAAAUAUUUUUCUAGUUUAUAUAAGUAUUCUAAAAAAUGUAAAAAACUGUCUAUAUCCUUAGCAAAAUGGGAAAAUCGAAAAAAAAAAAAUAUACCAUAUAUUUAUUUUUUACAAUGGAUUAAUAUAUAUAAUGAGAAUUUAACAAUUAUUAAUAUAUUAAAAUGUAUAAAUGAAAAAAAAAAAAUAUAUAUUUUAAAAAAAUAUUUCACAAUUUUGAAAAAGCAUAAAGAGAAAACAUUCUAUUCAAAAAAAUUAUUUAUUUAUAUAUAUGAAAAAAAAAAUAAACAAGACAUGGAAAAAAUAUAUAACCAAUGGAAAAAUUAUUAUAUUUUAAAUUCCUCAAAAUAUAUAUUUUUAUAUAAUAAAUAUAAAUAUAAAAUUAUGAUACAAUCUUUUUAUCUUCUAUAUAAAUAUAAAGAAUAUAAAAAAAAACGAAAAGCACACAUAUUAACUAUUGAUAAUUAUUUUGUUAACAAUUUAAAAAAAAAUGUGAUAAAAAAAUGGAUAAUGCAUAUAAAAGUAUAUCGAAAAAAUAUUUUAAGUUAUUACAACUUUAACAAUGAAAGCAAUCUUGUUUUAUUAUUCAUGUCUAAGAUUAUGAUAAAACAUAAAAUACUUUCAAAGUCAGUUAAUAAUAUAACAAUUUUAGAUUUUGUUAAUUUUAAUAAUAUUGAUAUAAAUAUAAAUAGUUUAAUAUAUGCUCAUAAAAAAUAUUAUUCAUGUAAAAAUAUAAUGCAAAACCCGAGUUAUUUUUAUCAAAAUGUAUCCUUUAUACUUAAAUCAAUAAACAUUGUCUUAUCAUUUGUCCCUGCAUCAUUCAUAAUUAAUUUAUCAAAAUUAAAAUUUUCCUUGCCUUAUUUUUCCUUUGCUCUUAAAAUGGCCCUAUACAAAAUAAUUUUCACAAACUGGCUGCUUAACUGUCGAUCUAUAAAAAUCUUCAAGAAAAAAAUUCAAGAAAAUAUUUUAAAAAGAUAUUUUUUAUCAUUGUUUUUGUUUGGAAAAAAAAAAAAAAAAUUAGCAAAACUGAAAAUGGAGUAUGAAAUAGAACAAGAGGAUAUGUUAAAAAAAAAAAUAUUUAUAAAAUGGUUAGGAUUGCGUAUAAAAUAUUUUAAAUUUCGAAAAAAAAUUGACAUAUAUAUUUAUAAGACCAAAGAAAACCGAAUGAAAAAAGUGUUAAUAGGGUGGUAUAAAAUAACUAAAGGGUCUAAUAAAAAAAAGGAAAAUAUACUAAAUUUUUUUAAAAAAUUAUUAAUAAAAAAAAAAAGAAAAUGUUUUAAUUCCUUAAUUAUUAAUGUAAAAAGGACGAAAGAAAUAAAAGUUAAAAAAGAAAUAUCAGACUUAUUCUAUAUGAAUAAAUUAAAAAAAAUAUCUUUUAAAUCAUUAUUUGUAUAUUCAAAAAAUAUGUUAUAUUUUAAUACGCUAAAUAAAAUGGCACAAAAUUAUCUUAAAGGUUUAUGUAUUAUUAAAUGGCGAAAAUUAACUAGACAAUAUAUAAAUAAAAAAGAAAAAAAUACAAAUAUUUUAAAUUAUUUUUAUUUAAAAAUCAAAAAAAAGUUUUUCAAUAUACUUAUUGUCUAUACCAAUCUUAGGCAAAUUAAUAAGAAAAAGAUUUCACAUUUUAAGAAAAUACAAGAAAAAAUAUUUUUUUAUAAAUAUAUGAGAAAUUGGAAGAAUUAUGUUGAAAUCAAAAAAAAUAAAAAAGAAUUUAUGGAAAAAAUUGUUAAUCAUUUUAGCAGGAAAAAAAAAAUAAAUGUUCUAAGUAAAUGGUAUACAACAUUUAUAAUAAAUAUAAAAUUCAAGGAAGCAGAUUUUAUUUUUACAACAAAAAUAAUUAUUAUAUAUUUUAAUAAAUUAUUUUUGUAUGCUCAAAAAAUGAAAAGAAUUUUAAUGUUCAUAAAAAAUAGACAAAAUAUACUGACUUGUCAACGAAUAUUAAAACAAUGGAAGGGGUAUACAAAACGUGAAAAUAAAAGAAAAAUAUUUUAUGAAAAAAUAUGCAAAAAAAAGAAAGAAGAAUAUUAUAUUUUAUGGUGUAAAAUGUAUGAAAAAGUAAGAAAAAAAAAAAAUCAAGGGUAUAUAUUAUAUAAAAUUAGGCAAAUAAAUAAUUUGAACAAGUUAUAUAAAUUUUACACAGAAUGGAAGGUUAAAUAUAUACAAAAUAAACAAAUAAAAUCAUUUAUAUAUAUUAUGAAUAAAUGUGUAAUAGACAAAAUAAAAUUAAGAACAUUUAAUUUAUUAUAUAAAAAUUAUGAAUAUCAUUUAAAUAUAUCAUCAUUAUUUAAUAAUUUUUUACUAGAAAAAAGAAAUAAAAUAAAAAAAUAUAUUUUUAAUUUAUUAGUAUAUAAUAAAAAUAGAAGAAUAAAGAAUAGAACAGCUUUAUACUUUUAUGUCAAAAAAAUCAAAACAAAAGCUUUUCAUUCAUUUAAAAAAUAUAAAAAUAAAAAAUUAUUAUAUGAAAAAAAUACUAAUAUAUUAAUAAAUAGAAAAAAAAAAUUAUAUUUUUAUACUAUCAUUAAUUUUUAUAAUAUAAUCCAUAAAAUUAAGAGUAAUUAUUUCGAAUUAUGCAAAAGUAUAGAUACAAGAAUUAAAAGAUAUUUUUUUAUAAAAUGGUUUAUAUUUUUGAGAAAAAAAAAGAUGGAAAAACAAAAUUUUAUAGAAUUUGUCAAAAAAAGGGAAAAUAAGAAAAAGGAAGAAAUAUUUUUGGAAAUUUUUAGAAAAUCAAAUAAAAAGAAAUACAUUGCUAUUAUAUUAAAGCGAGUUAAUCAUAUUUUUCAAACAAAAAUGUACCAAAUGGGGAUAUACAAAUUAAGGGUGAAUAGGAAGUAUAUGAUUAUACAAGAGAAAAUAUACAAAAAACUUGCAGAAAAACAAAAGAUAAAAAUUAUGAGAAAGUGUGUAAAAGUUCUACAAAAAAAAGUUGCAAAACAAAAGAGAAAAGAAACAGAACAAGAUAUGAUAACAUUUUUUUAUAACAACUUUAUAAAAAAAAUAUAUUUUAAAAAAAUGAUAAAUAUAUCUACUCAGUUAUUAAAAUAUGAAAAUAAUAUAAUGGAAAAAAUAAAAUUGAAUAAUUAUUUUUAUUGUAAAAGAUCUCAUUUUAUUAAAUGGAAACUAUUUGUAGAAAAAAAAAAAAAAUAUAAAAAAAUGGAAAAUUUAAUAAAAUUAAAAAAAAUGGCAAGGAUAUUUUUUGUUUUCCUAUAUGUUAGAGCUAAAACUUCUUAUAAACAAAUUUUAAUAAUGUAUAAAAUUUUUAUUUUAUUCAAUAGUACAUCUAAAGAAGUAGACACAACAUCUCAGUUGCUUGACUUUGGUUAUUCUUUAUUUUCUAAUGUUUAUAUUUUUAAGGAUAAUAUUGAACACAAUGUUAGAAGAAACGCGACAUCUAAUAGUUCUGGUUCUAAAUAUACUUUUCAAAACAAUUCUACCAUAUGUAGUAACGUGACAAGUGAUUUAGUGAUCGAUGUAGAACCCAAACCAGCAGAACCCAUUUUAUUAAAUUACUGCAAAAGUGAAGAAAAAGAAAUAAUACAACAAAAUGAAAGUUUUAGUAAUAAUAUAAUGAUAAAAAAAAAAAAUAGGAAUUUAUUUUUUAAGAAUAUAAAAAAAUAUUUAGGAUUAAAUACAAUAUAUUCAGAAAUGAAAAAAAAAGACAACUUAAAUAUAAAUGGGAAUAAAAUUAAGAUAAAAAAUGAUUAUUUUGCUAACUUUUUAAAUGUUUGUAAUUUUUUAAAAAAUAAUAAUAUUAACAGAUUAAUAUUAAAUUAUUUAAUGUUGUAUGAUAUAUAUGAUAUAAAUAUUUUUUUUAUUCACUACAAAAAAAAAUUCAAAUCACUAUAUAAUUAUUUUUUUAAUUUAUUGUCAAUAAAAAUGAAAAAAGCAUUAUUAAAAAUAUUUAAAAAAAAUGAUUCAUACUAUUAUAUAAAGUUAAUAAAUUCAAAAGAAAAACAAAUUCAAGAUAAUCUUAAAAUUCUUUUAUUUAUUUAUUAUUUAUUUAAUAGUGCAUCUUUUCCAUUUUAUGAAAACAAUAGCAGUCUAUACAAUAUACAAAAUAUAUGGCUAAUUAUAAAUGAUCUUUUUAAAAAUUCAAAAAAUAAACAAAACUAUAAUGAUAAAAAUAAUAAUAUGGGUAUUGGAAAUAGUGAUAAUUUAUCAGUUAUAAAUGGAUUUUACGAUAAAAAAAGAGAUUACCAUUAUAAUAAUAUAGAAAAUAAAUAUGUUGAGUUCAUAGGGAGGAAUAGCAAUUCGAGUAGUGAUUGUAACAGUGAUUAUAAUAUAAAUUAUGAUAAUAAUUAUUUCACAUUUGAUAAAUAUGAAUAUGUUGAUGAACAUACAAAUUUCCGCGUAAAAAAUGGUAUGAACAUGUAUAGAAAUGAAAAAUCUAUACAAAAUAUGAAUUGUACAGAAAUAAUAAAUAAAGAUGGAAUAUUGACAAUGCAAACUAAAAGAAAAUAUAAUUUAAUAACAAUAGAAAACUAUGAAAAUAAAAUGAUGUAUUUAUAUAAUAGACUUCAAGGUUCUAUAUUAAAUAGAUUUAGAGAAAGUGAAAUGAUCAUAAAAUAUUCUUUUCUUUUAAAUUUAAAAAUAUCAAAGCUAAUACAAGUGUAUUUAUUUUUUAAAAAAAUGAAAAAUUGGUUAAAUGUGUGGAAUAAAUAUAGUUUAUCAAAGAAAGAAAAAAGAGACAGCGAUUUAAAUAAAAUUGGAAAUUUUAAAAAAAGGAUAAAUACAGAAAAUUUAGAAAAAUAUUUUGGUACAUGGAUAUUAUUAUUUAAUACAAAAGUUAAAGAAAUGAAAAACCAACGAAAAGCUAUUUUAAAAAAGCAUAUUCAAUUAAUUUUUAUAUUUUGGCAUAAACUUAUAAUUGUAAAUAAUUAUGAUAAGGAUAAAUUUUUGGAGCUAAAAAAUGAAAGUGAAAAAAAAUUGAAAUUUGCAUAUUUUAUAAAUUAUUAUAAUUUCUUUAAAAAAAGAAAAAAUGAAAAAGUGUAUUAUGAAAUUGUUUUAAAUCAUACUAAUAAUAAAAAGAAACAGACAUUUUUUUAUGUAUGGUUAUUAUUGUAUAAAUAUGAAAAAAAAUGUCAUUCUUUAAUAGAAAAGAAAAAUUAUAUUUUAUUACAAUAUUUUUUUUAUAAUUGGGUAUCUAUAUAUGAAAAGAAAUUAAUAUAUAUGAAUUUUAUAAAUGAAAUUAAAAAGAUAAUUCUUAAAAAAAAUAUAUUCAAGGAUGUUAUUCGAAAUUUUCGUUACUUUAAUUUUAUUAAAUUGAAAAAAGACAUGUUACAAAAAAAAUAUUUCCAAAUAUAUUAUAAUUUAAUCAAGAAAAAUAGUAUUAUAAAUAAAUUACAAAUAUAUAUAUAUUCAUCUUUGCAAUACAAAAGAAUGAAACAUUUAUUUUUCUACUGGAACAGAAAGUUCAAUACUCGAAAAAAAUGUUUGGAAAAUUAUUACACACAUUUGUCCAAAAAAAAACAUAGCAUAUUCACCAAAUGGAAAAAUAUAUUUACUAAAAAUAAAAACAUAAAUGAUGAAAAAUUGACAAAAUUUAACAAACUAAUAAUGUCCAUUUAUCUACAAAAAUUAAUUAUUUAUUGCCGUUAUAGAAAAGUAAAAAAAAGAGUUAGAGAAAAAAUAAUGAAUAAAUAUUUUUUUCAAUUAAAAAAAAAAUAUGAACAAUCUAGCCAAAUUAAAGCCUAUAUUAAUAAAUAUAAAUUGAAUGUAAAAAAAAAUGUGUUUUCAGCAUUAAAUAGAUAUAAAAUUUUACGAAAACAUAAUAACAAUUUAAAGAAAUAUUGUACAGAAUAUAACCGGAAAGGUGUAUUGAAGAAGUAUUACAAAGUAUGGAUUAUGCAAUAUUUUAAAUUAAAAAAAAUAAAUAAUUGUGUUAAAGAGUUGUUAAUACAAAAUGAUAUAUUAAUGAAAACGACAAUUAUCAACAAUUGGAUUAAUUAUGCAAAAAAAAAAGCAACACUUCAAAAUUAUUAUCAUAUUGUAAUAUCAAAGAAAUACAAAAUUAUUAAGAAUAACGUAUUUUACAAAUGGAGGUAUAUGCACACAUUCUUUUCAAAACAAAGACAUAAAAUUUUGGGAGAAAAAUUCAAUAUUUGGAUGCGUAAUUUUAAGUUUGUAAUUUUUAUGAACAAAAUACAGAUACAUUUUUAUAACAUUUAUCAAUACAAUAUAUCAUCUUUUUAUUAUAUAUUAAAAAAAAAAAAUGAAAAUUAUAAAUUAUUGCAAAACGGAUAUUUCCCUUUUGUAAAAAAUCAAAUAAAAGAAAUAAUUGAUUAUAAGGGAAGAUUUAUGCGCACACUUUUUUAUGCAAUAAAUAGUUAUACUAAUAAAAGAAAAAAAUUACGAUUGUUAUUGGCUAGUAGUAUUGAAAAACUAAUAAAAAAAAGGAAAAGUCAAUGUUUCUCUAUAUUAUUAAAACACAAAAAUAUAAGCCAAAAAAAAGUACACUUACACAAUUUAUAUCUUAAAUACACUAUUGAAAAAAAGUUUUAUCUUUUUAAAAAAUAUUUCUUUAUAAUAAUAAAUUUAUAUUUUUAUAACAAUCACUUGCGAUUAUGUCAACAAACAAUAAAAUGCAGAAAAAGACAGAGAGUACUCAGUGAUUUUUUAACACAAUGGAAAAUUUAUAAAGAAUAUUCAAAAGAAAAAGCUGCUUUAAAAAUGUUAUCAAAUAAUUUUUUGGCAUAUAGAAGAAAAACUGAAUUUAUUGUGGCUUUAAAACAAUAUUGCAUUGAGAAUAAAUGGAAAAAUUAUUGUGAAUAUAAUUCUUUAAUGUUUUAUAAAAAGGUUAAGGAAAAAAUGGUAGCACAAUUUUUAGUCCAUUGGAAAAAUAAAGCCCUUUGUCAUUUUAAUAAAAUAAAAAAAAUUGAAGAUUUUAAAAAUAAAUGCAAUAUUAAUGUUAUGAAAAAAUAUUUCUUCAUUUUAAUAUUUUCCAUUAAUAAAGUGAAAAUUGAAAAAAAAAAUUUUGAUAUAGUUAGGUUUAAAAACGAAAAAAAUAUAAAACAAUAUAUAUUUAAUAUAUUAUACAACACCGCCUUAACAAAUAUAAAUAAUUAUGAACAAGUCAUACAAAUAGCUAUAGAAAAAAAAAAGAAUUACAUUUUAAAGUGUGUCUUUUUGUUCCUUCAUAGCUAUACACUAACACGAAAAAAAAUUAAUAAUAUAUUUAUUAAAGUUAAACAAAAUAAUACCACAAUACUUCUAAAAAAGUAUUUCUAUAAUUUAAUUUUUAAGUAUGUCAUUAAUAUCAAUCAUCACAAAUAUUACUAUUAUAACAAAUAUCUUUCUAUUUGGAAGUAUUAUGUUGUUAUACAAAAAAGGGAACAAAAUGAAGUUUGUAAAUCAGGUCAAGAAGAGGAACUUGAAACCAAUGAAGAUAAUUAUUAUAAUAAUUCUUCAGAGGAUAAUAUAAACGAGGAAUCAGAAAAAUUAUCGGGAGAUGAUAUUAGCGAGCUUGACCAAAUAAAUUAG